AUGGUUGUACAAUCAGAACUAGUGCAGAAGGACGACACAGAUGAUUUUCAAGAGCCUGAAGUUAGCAAGAAAAGUAAAAUUGAAACUGAAACUCUCAAAAAGUGUGUUGGAGAAAGACUACAUCGGAUUGUGAGCUGCACUGCUUGUGGACAGCAGGUGAACCAUUUUCAGAAGGAUUCAAUAUAUAGACAUCCUGCACUAAACGUCCUUAUUUGUAAGAACUGCUACAAAUAUUAUAUGAGUGAGAACAUAAACUGCAAUUCUGAAGGAAUUGGUGAGCAGUGCAGAUGGUGUGCAGAACGUGGAAACCUAAUUUGUUGUGACUCUUGCGAUAAUGCUUUUUGCAAAAAAUGCAUUUCCCGCAAUCUAGGGAAAAAAGAAAUCUCAAAAAUAAUGGAUGAAAACAAUCAGUGGCAGUGCUAUAUUUGCCACCCAGAACCUUUGUUAGAUUUGGUUGCAGUCUGUGACUGUGUAUUUGAGGAUAUAUCACUUUUGAGGCAACAGAAUAAAAAGAAGCUAAAGUCUGCAAGUGAAAAGAGUGGUAAGACAUGUAACCAUCCACCUAAAUUCUACUCCACCACAAAAGAAGAAGAAAAACCUCAGUUAGAUGAUUUUCACUCAGAUGCUGUAACACAUUCUUUUUCAUCAUUAAUGGUUUCAAAAGACUUGAUUACAAAGACUGAAACACUACUUGAGAACACUACAGUUAUGAAGUCUAGUUUUGUGACAUUUUCAGAACAAAUAGCCAGCAAUUCAGAAAUGAGCUCAAAUACUAUGUUAAAUCAAUUGAAAGGUGUUAGAUCUGUAAGGAAUGACAUAAGUAAGGCUCAUAAGGCAUUAGAAGAAUGCUUGAACAAGGAGAUAAGCAGCUUGGUUGUUAAAGAAAAGAAAGAAAAUAGCAAAGAAGGAAAACAUGAGAAUGCUAAAAAAGAUGCCAAAAUUAAAAAUGUAGAUAAAAAAUAUGAAGUGGAAGAUAUAUUUGCUACAAAAACAAAAAGGUUUCCAAAUGACAAAACUGAUGCAGAAAUUAUAGUUCCAACAGCAACAACUGGUGAGGUUAAGAAUACAAAUGAAUUUCAAUAUGAACCUGCAUGUACUUCUAAAUCUUUAGAUAUGGACAUUCUAUCCAUUCCUUCUUCAAGACCUGAAGAUAUUUUUGAGAAUCAAGAAAGUUCUAUCAAUAUCCAGAAUGAUGAAAAUACUGAAAUAUAUAAGGACACAGAAAAUUCCCUUUUAGAAACAAAUGAAUCUUCAAAGUUGGCAAAGGAAGAUCCAUGGUAA